AAAGCUGGGAAACGCAUGAGGACGGAUCUAAAUUCUUUUUCGAUCCGCCUUCCGUCGUUUGCUUGCUUAUACACAAAGUAAUUGAAAUUUUCAGAUAUUUUGUGGAGCCCCAUACUACCCGAUACCAUGUCGCUUCAAUUUACUUUUUGAUCAAUUGGGCCUCCACUAUGCUGGUUAUAGGAUAGAGAUUGCCGUUUAAACUUGCCACCUCACGCACGAGAUCAAUCACGAUCAUAAUAUAACGAGUGGAAAACCCCAUCAGAGCUUUACACCAGCGAUUCAACGCUUUAUUUUAACAGCAAAACAGUAAGAAGCCAACAACCAUAUCUUACAUCGAAUUCCAGAUCCUUAUAUUCAUGUGGGUCAUUAGGCAUACUCAACGUAAAGAUAAAAAGAAGAAAUGAGUUUGGUGUAUCACUUUGCUUUGGUGUUUAGUGUUUUGGCGAUCGCCUCCUACUUCGGGUUCAAUUCGCCUGUCGCUUACAUUUUGUCAUUUCUCUAUCUGUACCAGGUUGACCAGAUAUGCGCUCAGAGAGUGCAAAGGCGUAUGCGCCAUGAGGAGAAGAAAUAUGAAAAUAAAAAACAGCUUCUUUCAGAUUCUGAAACUGUUAGGUGGAUGAAUCAUUGCAUGGAGAAGAUUUGGCCUGUCUGUAUGGAGAGAGUUGCAUCUCAGGAAAUCCUGAUGCCCGUCAUACCCUGGUUCUUGGACAAGUACAAGCCUUGGACUGCAAAAAAAGUCACCAUACAACAUUUGUACUUGGGAAGGAGUCCUCCAGUAUUCACUGAAAUCCGUUCUCUUAGUAAAUCUGAAGAUGAUGACCACAUGGUGCUGGAUAUGGGAAUGACUUUUCAUUCAGCAGAGGAUAUGAGUGCAGUAAUUGCAGUGCAAUUGAGAAAGCGUCUUGGCUUCGGCAUGUGGGCAAAAUUACACGUGACAGGAAUGCAACUUGAAGGAAAGGUUCGUGUAGGCAUGAAAGUUCUUGGGGAAUGGCCAUUCUUGAAGCGCUUGCGGAUUUCCUUUGAAGAAGUUCCAUAUUUCCAAAUGACAGUGAAGCCUAUUUUUAGCCAUGGUUUAGAUGUCACUGAACUACCAGGGAUAGCUGGUUGGCUGGAUAAACUUUUGGCAGCUGCAUUUGAAGAAUCAUUAGUUGAGCCAAACAUGCUUGUGGUUGAUGUGGAACGACUUCUGGGUUCCCCUGCCUCAUCUCAACUAGAUUCAAAAUCACCUGGAAAUUGGUUUCAUUUAGAUGGAAGGCCUCCUCUUGCUUAUGCAAUAACAGAGAUUCUUGAAGCAGAUGACUUGAAACCUUCCGAUCCAAAUGGUUUGGCUGAUCCAUUUGUCAGAGGCUGCCUUGGAACAUACCGGUUCAAAACAAAGAUACAAAAGAAAACUUUGAAUCCAAAAUGGCAGGAGGUAUUCAAGAUUCCCAUUUUAAGCUGGGAACUACCAAAUAAACUAGUCUUAAAUGUUCGUGACAAGGAUUACUUUCUUGAUGAUGAUCUUGGUGAGUGCACAAUUUCUCUGAAUGAUUUGAGAGGAGGCCAGAGGCACGACAAGUGGUUACCUCUUGAAAAUGUGAAAAUCGGGAGGUUGCAUCUUGCUAUCACAAUAUCAGAGAUGGAUAUUGCUUGCAAGAUGGAGGAUGAUGGACAGAUCUCUGGUGAUCACCCCACUUUGCAGCAACAAGAUAUGAAUUUGAAAACUGAUGUAUCUGCAAGUGAGAGUUCUAGUAUUCAUUCUCAAUUGAAUGCAAGUGCCCCAGUGGCAGAUGAGAUUGAAUCAAUCAAUCUUCAAGGUAGCACUGACAGCCCUAUAUGGAUUCACCACACUGCUGGUGCCAGUAAUAUGUCCAAAACUUGGGAUUCUAGGAAAGGUAAGUUGAGCUUCAGAAGUGCCAUAAAAAGUAAACAGGGUUCUGGCCUUAAGGAUAGCCCUGUGGCUACCAAAUCCCACCCAUCACCUGAUGAGUCUGAAGAAAGCAGUAGUGGAGAUGAAGAAUCUGACACCGGAAAAGGACAUAGGAGGAGGAAAUUGGGGAAGCAAUUACAUCGUCUGCGUACUAUAUUCAAGAAAGAUAAGGGACAUGAGAAGUCUAAUGAGGAUAGCAGUGGAGUGGAUACAUUACAUUCAGAGAAAGUUGUAGUUGGUGGUGAUAAAGAAAGUGGAGUGAAACUUGUAAUAGAAGAUGUUCCUGAAAAUCUUGUGGGUGAUAUUACUGGUUGUAGUCAUCAGUCAGAAAACUUAAAUGGUAAUGAAUACGGCAACUUUGCUGGUCAAAAAACAGAUGGGGAAAGUCAUAAAACAUCGUGACAGAGAUGGUAAUGAUAGUGCCAGUGACUCUUCCAGUUUUAUGGACUAUAAUAGCAAGGAUGAUGAUUUUGAUAAAAAUCUGUAGCUGAUUGUAAAUGUAAGCAAGAAUGUCAAGGCACUUGUCGUAUUUCAAUAUCCGAAGGCAUUCAAAACAACAGUAAUUCUACUGGUUCAAGCUAGUGUACUGUUAAGUAUUCUGAUACAAUUGUCCAAUCUUACAAGCGUUGGAUGCCAAUUCAUUAUAGACCCCUGCACUCUCAUUGCUCUCAAAAUCAGGUCAUUGAUCAAAUAAUCUUUGUUCUUAUCGACUUCAAGAAUUGUUGGUGUAGAACAUCUGAAAGCAGCCAUUGCUUAUGUUGAUUAAACAGUUAUUUAUCUUUAUUGUACAGUUAAUAAAGGUUGAUUCAUAAGUCACUGUGGUUUUCUCCCAUCCACAUGAUUACACAUAAAGUGCUACUAAUACUUAUUGCCUUGAGGGAUGCUUUGUGCACUGUAAUUUUUCUAUCCACAAAGGAAAUCGUUCUUGUUUUUGUAA